GGUGGUAAGGAGGGCAGCAGAAGUAGAAGGGACGCUUCACCAUGGAAUAUGAAGUCAAGAAAGGGAAAAAGGGCCCCCUCCUAAGGCUGAUGUUCCCAAAGGCUACGCGCCGAGCAGGAGCAGCCACUCGGAGCAGUGUGAGCCGCCGGCCCCUGCACUCCAUGCCCCUCUAUCCCCCUGACUACCUCAUCGACCCCCAGAUUCUGCUGUGUGACUACCUGGAGAAAGAGGUCAAGUUCCUGGGCCACCUCACCUGGGUAACCUCCUCACUGAAUCCCUCCAGCCGAGAUGAGCUCCUGCAGCUGCUGGACACCGCCAGGCAGCUGAAGGAGCUGCCGCUGAAAACCACGGCGGAGCAGGACAGCAUCCUGAGCCUAUCGGCCCGCUGCCUGCUGCUCACCUGGCGCGACAACGAGGAGCUCAUCCUGCGUAUCCCCACGCACGAGAUCGCCGCCGCCUCCUACCUGCAGGACGACGCGCUGCACUUGCUGGUGCUUAAGACAGGUACGGCGGGCGGAGCCUGCCCUGGCUGUGCUGCAAUGGGGCCGGGAGGUGAAGGGGCAGAAAAGUCUCAACUCCUUGUUUGGGGGAUGUGCGUGACCUGGGGCAUGAGCAGCCCGGGCCGGAGGCGGCGCGGCAUCCUGGAGCGCCAGCGCGCUGGGGCGCGGGCGUCGGGCAGCUGGGAGCGGCGGCAGACGUUCAGCGGCAGCUGGGAGCGGCGGCACGGCGGCGGCGGCGGCGGCGGCGGCAAGCCGGGGGGCAGCUGGGAGCGGAGGCAGGCGGGCGGCGGCGGCAGCUGGGAGCGGCGCCACCCGGGCUCCAACCCUCUGGACCCGCAGGACCCCAGCCCCGACGCCUACUGCAACCUCGUCAUCCUGGCUGUGGCCAACAGGGAUGCUGCCGAGGAGUCCUGCGCCCUCAUCUGUCAGGUCUUCCAGAUCAUCUACGGGGACCAGAGCAUCGAGUGCGUUGACCGGGCUGGCUACCACUACACAUCCACGCCCGAAAGGCCGUGGCUCUGCAGCCGCAGUGACAGCUGCCGAACCGACGGGACUUACGCCUAUGAUGCCGACUUCAGCUGCUGCAGCUCUUUCAAUGGCUCCCAGGACACAUUUGAAGCGUGUUACAGCGGCACAUCCACACCCUCUUUCCAUGACUCGCACUGCAGCGGCAGCGACCACAGCGCCUUGGGCCUGGAGCAAUUGCAGGAUUACAUGGUCACGUUGCGGAGUAAGCUGGGCCCCCUCGAGAUCCAGCAGUUUGCCCUGCUGCUGCGGGAGUACAGGCUGGGGCUGCCCAUCCAGGACUAUUGUUCGGGCUUGUUGAAGCUCUACGGAGACCGGCGCAAGUUCUUCCUCCUCGGGAUGCGGCCCUUCAUCCAGGACCAGGACAUUGGCUACUUCGAGGGCUUCCUGGAGGGCGUGGGCAUCCGUGAGGGCGGCAUCCUCACCGACAGCUUCGGCCGCAUCAAGCGCAGCAUGAGCUCCACGUCGGCAUCCGCUGUGCGCAGCUAUGACGGCGCGGCCCAGCGGCCCGAGGAGCAGACCUUCCACCGGCUGCUGGCGGACAUCACGCACGACAUUGAGGCGCUGGCCCCCGAUGACGACGACGAGGAGGACAGCACAGACGAGGAGGCUCGGGGCUCCCCGGGCGGGAAUGAGGCAUCCGAAGACAACUACCUGUAGCCUGUGGCUGUGCCCAGGCGGAAGGCGGAGCGCGUGGCCCUGCCACCUCGCCUUGGACUCUCACUCUGGUCUGGGGAGGUGCCCAUCCUCAGGGCCCCUCCUCAUCCCACCCCCACCCCCAAAUCCGGCCUCCAUUCCCCGUCUCAGAUCCUGCCCUUAGGGCUCCGGUUCCUAAAGUCCGAGGCAGUCGCUUGGGGCUCAGCUAGCCACUCUGCCCGCCCGGGAUGGGCACGUUCCCCUGGCCCCCCCGGGAUCCGCACCAGGACACCCCCUCCUCCCGGACUGCGCUUCUUUCUGAAGGCCUCGCGAGGGGUGAUGAGUGGGCUCCACCUUCUGGCCGACUGAGAAAAGCAUUCCCACAGCCCAGAGACUUCAGUUCCUCCUGCUCUGCAGUUGGAGAGACUGAGGUUUAAAAGAGGGAAAGGGACUGGAGGGAACCUCCUGAUUCUCCUGCGAUGUUAUCUCAAACCGACCAGGCUAAGUCUGUAGAGGGUAUUUUUAAGGCUCUAAAUAGCAGGGACCGCCCCCCCCCCCCC